UGUCCUCCUAUAAAACCCUACCUGCGGCAUUUAUCUGUACGGUAUUAUUGGCACAGAUUGGGGGAAAUAUUUGUUUAUUUUAAACCUACCUUCAUUCUAGAGCAGACGAGGGAAAAGACUCCAAUAUACGCUGCAGAAAAUGGCAACUUGUGCAGUAACAAAUUACAACAAUGUUGUGGAGGGCCAGUCAGACUCUGAUGAUGAGGACAAGCUACACAUAGUGGAGGAAGACCCUGAUGGAGACAGCACGGUGCCAGAAGACGCCUCAGUAGUAUUAACCCAGAACGGUACAGAGACUCACCAAGACACCUGGGAUGGAGUGAAGGAGGACUGUGGCUCUGAAGAGGAGGAUGAGGAGGAAGGGGAAGAGGGGGGGGAGGAGGAGGAGGGGGGUAAGGAUGCCCUGGUAGAGGAGAUGCUACAGUUGGGGGAUACAGCGGUCAUCUACCCCGAAGCUCCAGAGGACGAGCAGAAGAGCAUGCCUAAGAGACGGGUCCCAGACGAGAAUGGCACGCCAGACGCUCUUUCCCAGCUCCUGACCUGCCCGUACUGCUCGCGGGGCUACAAACGCUGCACUGCCCUGAAGGAGCACAUCAAGCUGCGCCACGAGAAGAGUGAGGACAACUUCAGCUGCUCCCAGUGCAGCUACACCUUCGCCUACCGCACACAGCUGGACCGUCAUAUGACCCAACACAAGACUCAACACAAGGAACCUGUACAGCGCCACAUGCCCCAAACCACGACAACAACAGGGGGGAAUAGGAAGUUCAUGUGUACAGAGUGUUCCAAAGCUUUUAAAUACAAGCACCACCUGAAGGAGCACCUGCGUAUUCACAGCGGAGAGAAGCCAUACGAGUGCCCCAACUGUAAGAAGCGAUUUUCCCACUCCGGGUCCUACAGCUCCCACAUCAGCAGUAAGAAGUGUGUUGGCAUGGUGCCUGUCAACGGUACCCCCCGACCAGUCAUGAAGGCCUCCCAGACCCCCUCCACCCAGAACCAGCUUUCCGGCACUGCCCCCGUAGCCCCUACCCGACUGCUCCUCCGGGGGGAGAAGACAGAUGGCAAGCCCCUUCAGGAGCAGCUCCCCGUCAACCAGAUCAAAUCAGAGCAGGUGGAAUAUGAGUACAAGCCGGUGGUGGUGGGGCCUAACGGGACAGGGUUUACCGGUGGCAUGGCGGUACCCCAGGGCAUGGCGGUACCACAGGGCACGGGGCUGCCACAGGGCCUGGCGGUACCACAGGGCAUGGCGGUACCACAGGGCAGGGUCCAGGCGGUGGUGCUGCCCACCGUUGGUUUGAUGUCUCCUAUCAGUAUUAAUCUCAGCGACCUGCAGAACGUACUCAAGGUGGCCAUGGAUGGGAAUGUGUUUCGCCAGGUGCUGGGGACGGCCAACGGGCUGGUGACGUCCAAGCAGGGGGUGGUGGGGCAGGCUGGGCAGCAGGUCAUCUCAGCCAUCAGCCUCCCUGGCUUCGUGGACCAAGACGGAACCACCAAGAUCAUUAUUAACUACACCCUGGAGCCCAGCUUGGCCCAACAGCCCAGCGCACCUCAGCUCCUCAAGAAGGAACCUCUCCCUGCCCCCACCAACACACAGCCAGCCUCCAAAGUAACAGAGAAACUCACCCAGGACCUCAGCAUCAUCAAGACCGAGCAGCCCGACUCUGAGUCUGAGAAGGAGAUGGAGAAAGAGGAGGCUCAGACCAAGGCAGAGGCAGAGCAGAGCAAGGAGGGUGAAACACCAAAGGCCCAGACAGGCAAGACAACAUGUCUGCUGUGUGAUGACUGUCCUGGUGGUUUGGAUGCACUACACAUGCUCCAGCACUGUAAACCUACCAAUGGGGAGGGGGGUGACGGCAGCCCCCUGGACCCCUCUAUCGCCUCCCUGCUGGCAGAAGCAGGGAUAACACCAGGCCAGCCCCCUCUGAAGAACCUGCUCUCCCUCCUCAAGGCCUACUUUGCCUUAAACUCAGAGCCCACCGAGGAAGAGCUGGCCAGGAUCUCUGACAACAUCAGCUUGCCCGUGGACAUAGUCAAGAAAUGGUUUGAGAAGAUGCAGUCCGGUCAGAUUACUGUCGAGCCCCCUGGUUCCUCUUCCCCUCUACCUUCAACAGGUCCUAGAACAGAGACCCAGGCGGCCCAAGAGAAGAGCGGAGAGCAGACAGAGAAUCAACUCGCCUCGGCCCAAACCCAGGAGACAUCAUCUUCCCAACCUCCCAACAGUUCCCCUGCCUCGACCUCCGCCUCCCCCUUGGUCUCAGCCUCGGCUCCUUCACCACUAAACCUCUCCUCCAGCGGCCGGGUCAUCGUGAAAACGGAGGAGGACUCAGAGGGCGAGUCUCAAGAUCUUCCCCUGGACCUGUCCCUUCCCAAGCAGCCCCAAUCAGAGCCCCAGGUCCCCCAUGUCCCCCAGGAGCAACCCCUCAACCUCACCUGUUUGAAGAAGGAAACGUCCCAUCCCCAGCUCCAACCCCAGCUGCAGGCCCAGAUCCAGGCCCAGCUCCAACCCCAGCUCCCAGGGUUCCAAACCCAGCUCCAGUCCCAGCUCCAACCCCAGCUCCAAGCCCAGAUCCAGGCCCAGCUCCAACCCCAGCUCCAACCCCAGCUCCAGGCCCAGCUCCCAGGGUUCCAAACCCAGCUCCAGGCUCAGGGAACCACCAACACCAUCUACGUCACUUCCCCCCCGCAGAUGGCCACCUCCAGCCCGGUUAACAUCAUGACCACCCAGCUAGUAGCCAUCACCAACCAGGGCAGCGGUGUGCCCUGUCUCAGGGCCAUCUCCACUGGCACCACCAAACGGACUAUCCUCAUCCCCCAGCUUACCUACACAUACACCACUAAAGCAGGCAGCAACGCCACUGGGGCCGACGGAGACCAGAAGACCGUUAUACUCAACGGCUGCCAGGAGGAGGAGAAGGCUGACACCAGUUCAGAGAGCGUGUCGGCCGUAGAGGAGCAGAACGACUCGGACUCAGCCCCUCCACAGAAGAAGAUGUGUCGGCUGGAGAGUGGCAUGUAUGCCUGUGACCUGUGUGACAAGAUCUUCCAGAAGAGCAGCUCCCUGCUCAGGCAUAAAUACGAACACACAGGAAAACGUCCACACGAGUGUGGCAUCUGCAACAAAGCCUUCAAACACAAGCACCACUUGAUAGAGCACACGCGUCUGCACUCCGGAGAGAAGCCCUACCGCUGUGACAAGUGUGGCAAGUGUUUCUCCCACUCGGGCUCCUACUCCCAGCACAUGAACCACCGAUACUCAUACUGCAAGAAGGAGCCCCAGGGAGAUCAUCAGGUGGGGCGUCGGCUCAGGAUGACCCCCGAAAUGAGCCCCCAAGCAGAGGAGCAGCAGUCAGAUAGCCGGCCCACCUCCCCUCCCUCCCAACUGGACUCAGACGAGAGGGAGAGUGAGGAGGAGCUGGAGGAAGAGGAAGGAGAGGAGGAAGGCAUGGAAGCCAUGAGCAUGGACGACAUACGGGUGGUGCAGGUGGGCGAGGAUGAUGAAGAGAGUGAGAUCUACGAAGUGGAGGAGUUUGAAGGAGAGAGGCAAGAGGAGGAGGAAGAAGGGAGCAGAGAGGAGGAGGCACAACAGGAAGAGGAGGAGGGACAGCAGGAAGAGGAGGAGGGACAGCAGGAAGAGGAGGAGGGACAGCAGGAAGAGGAGGAGGAAGAAGGGAGCAGAGAGGAGGAGGCAAAACAGGAAGAGGAGGAGGGACAGCAGGAAGAGGAGGAGGCACAGCAGGAAGAGGAGGAGGGACAGCAGGAAGAAGAGGAGGAAGAAGGGAGCAGAGAGGAGGAGGCACAGCAGGAAGAGGAGGAGGGACAGCAGGAAAAGAAGGAGGAAGGGAGGAGAGAGGAAGAGAAGUCUGUACAACAGGAGCAGGUGUGUGAGGAAGCGGAGGAAGGGAGAAGAGAGGAGGAGGAAGAAGGGAGGAGAGAGGAGGAGGCACACCAGAAGGAGGGGGAGGAAGAGGAAUGGAGGAGAGAGGAAGAGAGCAGAGAGGAGUCUGUACAGCAGGAGAAAGAUGUGUAUGAGGAGGAGGAGGAGAUGGAGGUACAGGUGAUGGGAGAUGGGGAGGGGGAGGAAGGAGAGGCAGAGAAGGAAACUGUGGUAACAGAGAAGGCUAAGGAAACAGAGGACAAAGAACCGCAUGUGGACAGGGAGAACAUUACAGAAACAUUAGAAAAUGGACAGAAAGAAACAGAGGAAAACGAGAUGAACAGUGAAUGAAAAAUACAUUUUGUGUUGAAAAUGUCAAAUAGCAGGACAGGAAAAUAUUGUCUUGUUGUCAGAAGAAGAAACAAAACAAACAUGGCUGCCAUGUUGAUGCUGUGUUGUCGGUCCACUACUGUGUUCAAACCCAGGUGUGCCUGAACUAGACAAAAAAAGAAGUGACUUUUGUGGAAAAAAAUCAGUGUUACUUAGACCUUGUUUAUAGAAGUAUUAUUCAUUUGAAAAGAAGGAAAAAAAGAAACACCCAUGUGGACAUUUGUUACUGAGAGUGAGACAUCCGAUCCCAGGUCUGUUUGUCAGUGUUAUUACUCAUUUUGCAGCUCGUGUUUUAACCUUUUAACCUGUACAGUUGAAGAAAGAUUUCUAUACCUUUUUAUUGCCAAAUGAUGGUGUUUGCUAAAAUCAGUAUUUUAUUGAGUUGUAAAAAAACAAAACAUCUGCACUACAGUAUUCCUGGUUUACCUAUGGAUAAAACAUGCCUCAUGAUGUGCUGUUCACCCUUUAGUAUGAUUAUGUACACACUAGCUAUAGAUCUUCUUUAUGUUAGCUAAUCUUAGCAUAGCAUUUUGUUUUAAGUUGGAUUGUUAGCCUUAUGAAGAAAAGAGGAUUCUGGGGUAUGGGUGGGAAGGGGUUAGCCUGAGUGCCAGUCUGUUUGUUCUAUCAUGUUCACUCCUUGUCACUCAUUGUCUUGCCAUGUUUGGCUUGUCAAGGACAGCAAUGGAAUUGGCAAGAGCACAAACAGAUCUGGGACCAGGCUAGGGAGAGGUGAGAGGGUGGGGAUGAUGAUGUGGCAUCUGAUGCCAUAACCAAACUGUCCUAUCAGGGAAGGUGUCACAACCUCAAAUCCAGCAUUCUUACCAUGCUCCUCCUUGGUCGCACCCCAAUAAUCUCUCCUUCCUGCAGUGUGCACUUGUUCACUACUCCCCACAAAUUGAAAAGCAUUGGAUUGGUGUAGGCAUGGGCUAAACUACAAGAAGUGUCCACAAUAUUUUGUAUACCAGUCAUUUCCUUUCAAAUCCAUGAAGGGAAGAGAGCAAGUGCGCACGUUUGGUUUGAUUAUUGGGACACCCCUUGUUUUCGGUUCGGUUAGUUGUUAAUCAAUGAUCAUCAGUGUUAUAGGGUCAUAUGAAGCAGGAGGGGGGCAGUUCUGCAUUGUACCCCACCCCAAUGCCUCCAGCCUUAUGCAAGACCAGUCCUGUGUGCUGUAAGUGCCAUUGAACAGUGUUAUUUUCACUUCACGGAUGUAGCCAGUACAUCUUUCAAUCUGCGCAAGGCCCAUAUUGAAUAAUGUUUGCUUACUUGCUUGGACACAUUUUUUGUUACACAGUGCUUCAUCCCAAAUGGCACCAUAUUCCCUAUUGGUGCACUAUAGGGCUCUGGUCCAAAGUACUAUACUAUGGAGGGAAAAAGUGGCCAUUUGGGACGCGGACAACAGCACGAAUAAGGAAUCUUUCAUGUGACAAAGUGACAAAGAGAAUAAGAUGGAUGGGAAAGGUUUUACUGUGUUUAAGGGGAUUUUCCUGUGUUGGAGCGUCAGCCAUUAUUAGUUGAGUGCACUUGUUUUAAAGAAUGGUGGCGAACUAACCCUCACUUCAGGUAACAAAUGUCAGUGAAUAUGGUCCCUGUGUUUUAUGACGUGUUUCAGUUGAUUUUACCUAACAGUGUUACUUCAUUAUUUUAGUAUUUUUCAUGUGUGCAUUUGGCAGUAUUAGAACCCUUGUCACCGAUGAAAGUGUACCUAUUUAGUUUUUAGAGGACUUUUUAUAUUUAUGUGUCUUAUUUUUAUAUUUCUUUAUGGUUAUUUAUUACACACAUUGUAGUGUACAAUACUGUAGUUUGAAUUGAUACAAUAAUAAUAUAUUUUAGUAUGAAAAGUGAUUUGAAGGUCCAUGAAUCCAGAGCGGUCUGAAGUGCAGCUCCGGGAGUCAUGACGUUUGUUUUCAAAAAAGCAACCUGAAGUAUUACGUCAACAUGAUGUCUGUUUAAGCUGUAAAAAAAGAAGAAGAAAAGACAGGAAGAGAGAAAUGCAGUGUUCCCUGUGUAUCCAUCAUCAGAUGAGUUGGUUAGACUGACCUGUCCUUAAUUUGAUAUGAGCUACUGAAAACUAACUGUGUGACUAAAUGCAUGAGUCCUCGCUGUUGUUAUGAAGAUAUACGUAACUCCCUUUUUUUGUCAACAUACUCUUUUUCUUUCAGUUUUGUGCCAAUUUGUUACAUUGUUGUUGUAUGUCAGAGGCUACACUUUGUUUUAUACAUUUCCUGUUUAAUCUGUCUGUUUUUAUAGUUGUUUUUUUAUGACCCCUCCAUCACAAUAAAAUAGAAGAAAGCGUU